UUUUGUUCCUAAUAAUUUUUUACCAAAUACUAUAGAUUGUAACAAAUCUAAGUUGUAUAUUGUCAAAAAGAGCGUUUGUUUAAAUUGUGGUUCCAAAUUAAUAGUCAUUACCUUCAACAAUGCGUACUCUUUGUACUGUAAGCGCACCCUUGUUGUCUCCGUCGGCAUCAGGCCAUGCACCACCGCCGUCUGGAUCACGUUAUUUGGUCCUCCGAGCUGGUUAUCCGCCUACUGGCCUUUCUGGUGGAAAUGCUUCCACAAAUAUUUCGGGUGGCAAUCCAACCAUUAUUGGACAUCAGCCUCUUUAUUUUCUGGUGGAGGCGAAGAGUCGUGUCAGGGAGCUGCAGGCGCGCAUGACGACGCAUCUUGCCGAGAACGAAGGCAUCAGUGCGGAGGAUGCCGAACUAUUCGGGCUAGCUGUGCUUUGCGGUGGAGAAUAUUUAUUCGCCGAUCCAGACAGCAAACUUUCCAAAUAUGCACCAAAAAGUUGGAGGGCAUCACAUACACAUGGUUUGGACGCAAACGGACGACCAUUGUUGGAGCUUUAUUAUCGAGUUCGAUAUUAUGUGGAGGCACCUGGUGCGGUAUUACGCGAUGCUUCAGCUCGAAAGCGAUAUUACGAACAGCUGAAAGAAAACGCAGCGACGCGCGAGCAUCGAUAUCUUGGCCAAAACCAACAAGAUCCUGUCUCACUUCUGAAUCACGAAAGAAAUCAAGGAUCGACCAGUCAUCUCGGACCAAAUCUUCUUGGUCAGAAUCAUUUAGAUCAGAAUUUUCAAAGUUUAGGCAGUCAGAAUUAUCAGACAGUCGGAGAGAAAAGCCAAAGCUUUGGUACAGGUGCGACCGAGCAGGCUCUGUUAGCAUUAGGUGGAUUGGCGCUUCAGGUUGAUAAGGGCGAUGCGCCUGACGAGGGUACAUGUGCGUUAGGUUACUUUGAUCUAGAAGAAUACGCGCCUUUGGGAUUGCGAAACGCUUGGGGAGCUGCGGCACUGCGAGCUUGUCAUUUAGAUAAUGCAGGUUUGGACCGUGAUCAAGCGCUGGCACUUUAUUUACGUGAAGCCUCACGCCUUCAUGAUUCAGUCAAUUGUCAUGUAUUUCGAAUGCGUGCAUCGAAAAUUGAAACUGGACCUGGAUCGACAUGGUUGUCUGUUGGUCCCAAAGGUCUUCGUGUAGCACCUGUAGAACGAACACAUUUACUAGAACAAAAUAUGGAAGAGCACCAGUUUCCUUGGUCGAGUAUAGCAAAAUUAAGCUUUGACCGAAGAAAAUUCGAAAUUCGAUCAGGCGAUAAAAGAUUAGUAUUAUACUCGGCGGGUGAUGAUAAGAGCAAAUUGCUUUUAGCUCUUUGUCGGGAUUCGCAUCAAUUUUCUUUGAAAAUGGCUCCAAGAUUGGUGGAAGCUAGAAAACGUGAAGAUGAAGAAGAUAGAAAACGUUCUUUGAUGUUGCGAGAUUGUUGCGCGGGGGGAUAUAGAGCACAUGCAUUAAGAACGGCUUAUGGAAAGAGCAUAGGAAAAUCUGAUGAUCAGCGAGUGUCAGUUAUAUCGAGUACUAGUUCUAACACGACUUCAGGAAUUGUGAGUGAUCGGGUUCAUUCUGAAGAUGAACUGGAGAUCAUGAUUGAUACACCUCCUGUGGCUGUCACUGCUGCUGCUCCUUCAACAGAAAGUUUGGCAUUUGCUCAUCUUCUAGACAGCGGUAACACAGGCAGAAUUCCUCAAGAUCUUAGCAGACAAACAUCUUCUGUUGGACAAGUUUCUUUGAAGGACCUUGAGGAAACAUUAGCCGCAUUAUCAGGCGUUGAAAGAAGCAAAUCUCUCUGUGUUGCAUUAUCGGAAAAACCAUAUUCAAGUAGUUCUCCUAAUUCUCCAUCUGUUGAUCUUCUAAGACAAAGUUUACGAGCAUCUGCAGCUCAUUUACGCUUAGAACGUCACAGCAACAAUACAACGUCGAUCUUGUCAACAGGUUCACAGGUUUCACAAACAUCAGCGAGUCUAAUUUGCCAGAGCUCACAGUGUUCUUCGAGUUGUAGCACUGACGUAGCAACCGUUGGCAUCCCUGUAGUUUGUACAAAUCGUCGAGCAUCAGCCGCAAGCAGUUUAGAGUUGGGUUAUAGUCAUACAGCUCAGAACUCUGCACUAAGUCAGGAAUCAACAACUUGCGUCGAUUCAGCAAAUACAGGGGAAAUUGAAUACGGAAGUUCAAUUAGGGAAGAGGAUUCCACCUCUGGGGUUUAUACAUUACGUGCUAGUGAAACUAGUGGUGUGUAUACAAUGGACAGUGAGCCAAGGACGGAUCCUGCAGAUUCUGAUGUUACGGAAAGUUUGGACUAUGGCAGUUUUCUUCCUGCUUCCAUAGCCGCUAGCGAUACGGUCUCUAGUACGGGUCCAAGUAUCGACCAAAUAGAUUCUAGGCAUAGUAACUCAUUUCAAGAUUUAGAAAAAUCAUUUGGACUGCGAGAAGAUUCACUUCGACAACACGAAGAUUCAUAUGCCCUUAGGAUAGAAUCGCCGAGAUUGCGCGAAGGAUUAAGAAAAGAUUCGCUGAUGCAACACGAAGGAUCUUAUGCGUUAAGAGAAGAUUCCUUGCGACAGCAUGCAGAUGCUUUUAUAAGAGAAGAUAAUUUUCAUUGUCUGAAUGAUUCUUUCAGACGCGAAGAUUCGUUUGCACAGCGAGAAAACUCUUUCCGAAGGGAAGAAAAAUUUAUCAAAAUGCAAGAUUCAUUUGUCCGCGAAGAUUCGUUUAAUAAGAAACAUGGGGAUGCUUUCAGAAGAGAAGAUUCCUUUGCUAAACAAAAACAACCUAAGGCACAAACAAAGCAAGAUACAUUUCCUGCUACAGAGGAUCCAUUUCGACAAUUAGAAGAUGCUUUCAGACCAAGAACUGAUUCAACUGUGAGCGCCAGUGGAUCUUUUCAUGGGGACGGCAGUGAUCCAACAGAUGCACGCAGAGUUUUGCUAUCAGCUGAUGAAUUAUCAAAGUUAAUAGUUGGCAAGCCAGAUGUAGAUAGUGAUUACGUUUUGCUUCCUCAAGGAAGUAACAAUGCUAAUGCAUCUGGGUACGCAUAUCCUGGUGUUUCUUAUACAAAAGAACCACCCCCAUAUCCAACAGAAGCUCCUGCAAGAUUUGUAACGACUAGGCCAAAUAUAAAUAUUUUAACUGCACAUGCUAGUGCAGUCAAUACAGCAGCCGAACCCAGUUUUACGAGCAAUAAAACGUCAUCUGGAGUUGCUCAGCAUAGAUAUAGUAAUGUUAGCAGUUGCAACGCAACAACAAGUACAAGGCCGCCACCUCCUGCAUAUCCAGACGAGUUGAUUCCCCGACGAAGCGGUGAUCAGUCAAUAUAUCCGCGCCCUCAAACUUCAACUGGAGCAACUAUGCUCGUUCAAUCAGCAGCUAUACAGGCUUCGCAGCAAGUCGUACAACAACCACCCGCCCAACGUUAUAUUCCAAGCCCUGUACAUCAUCACACGUUGACUCAUCAGCAGCAACUGUAUCAACAUGAUAUGAAUCAGCAACAUCUGUAUCAGCAUGAUAUUAACCAUCAACUAUAUCAACAUGAUAUUAAUCAACAACAAAUAUUUCAACAUGAGUUUAAUCAACAAUACCAACAGAAUAUGAAACAGCAACAUCAUAGACAGUACCUACCUCCGCCGCCUCCGCCCCCUGCUCCGAUUAUUCCACGCAGACCUCCACCGCCUCCGGUGGCUGCAGUCGUUGCAAGGUCGCAACUAGAACAAUUUCAACAACAAUUGUACAGCGACGUGGAUUAUGUUAUCUAUCCAUUGCAAGAUCCAUCAAUUAGCAAACAGGAAUAUCUGGAUUCAAAAUUGGCAGCUCUUGCUGCUCACACAAAUCCGCCGCCGUAUCCACAUAGACGCCAAGGUGCGCCGCAAACUGCUGCAACACCGCUAUAUCCUCACCACGCAAAGAGCCACGUUCUGUAUCGCAGUGCACCAUAUUUGCCACUGGCAGCCUUUACCGCACAUUCACGAUAUGCGUCUACGCAAAAUUUAAGCGAUGCUUACGUGCAAUUGCCCACUGGUUAUUCGACAGCAACUUUAUACGCCGCGGCUACAACCAGGUAUGAAGCUCCACCCCCGCCGUUGCCUCGGAGAAUAGUAGGGCCUUCUUUCACCCGAGCUAGGUCUGAUGAUAAUAUAUUAAAUUCUGUUGAAACCGCGACGAGAACAGCGGCAAAGUAUAAAAGAUUACCUCCUCCUCCUCCACCCACAUCCACAAAGCCACCAAUGCCUUCUCCGCCUUUAGACAAUUCUUUUAAAACGAGCAAUUUAUCCCACAAUUCUCCUGUUACCCAUAAUAAUUCCACAUUGCCUCAUAGAUCCCAUGUUUCUACUGCAUCGAUGCAAGGUGUUGUCAAUACAAUGACAUUGCCUCAUAAAAUGCAACAACCUGUGAUAACAUCAUCUAUUAAGACAUCAGUUUGUUCAACUUCUGUAAAAAAUACAACUGCUGUAGUAAAUAAUAAUACCUCUCCAACAAAAUUGUCACCUAGUACCUCGAGUGCCAAAGCAGUCACAGGUGCUCCACAAGGAAAUGUUCCUUCUAAUGAAUCGAGUGGGAAUAAUGUCAAUAGUUCUAUUGAUAUUUUAACAUUACGAGAAAAGAGCAAAAAUCUAGAUUUGCCUAUGAUAUCUGCUCUUUGUAAUGAUAGAUCAUUAUUGAAACAAACUAAAGCAUUUGUUAUGCCAUCUUCAGGCACUAAAUUGAAAUAUCCAAUCACAGCAACACAGAAAAAAACAAGUGGAACAGGACAGAAAAGGAAUCCGAAUGAUAAACUACCUGCAUUGCCUGGCGAAGAAAUAACACAGCAAAUCACCCGCACGACUACUAAAGGUAAUAAUUAUGUUUUGAAUGGGCCUGGAUGCCAGAAACAUAAAUCUGUUCAUUCACAAUCAUGAUUAUUGUGAUACAUUGUGGUGAAAUAAUAUAUGUUCUACGUGCUGUGUGUUUUUAGAACUUGUUCCUAUGAUUGUAAUCAUGGAUUUAAACUUUUGUAUAAACUUUUUUACAAUUAUUACUGAUAUAACAAGAUAAAUCUCUGAAAAAAUCGUACUACGUAAUAUGAGUUGUUUAAAUUCAAGAUUAUUUGUUUAAUCUUUAAUUAGUAAUAGUGAGAACUUUAUUAUUGAUAAUUUAUUAUCAAUGGGCGCUUUAAGUGCAAACUCACUUGGGCUUCUUGCAUCAUAUAUUGUGCACAGUUUUAGACUGUUUUACCCACCGCUAGACAAAUAAUUUAAUUCUAAAAUAUUUGAUACUUGAAGGGUUUAUCAAAUUGAUAUAUUUAUUAUAUCACAAAAUAAGUUUUUUUUUAGAAAUCUGUACUAUGAAAGCUUGAGGGUGCCAUUGUAUAAAGAACUCCCUAUU